GUUUUGGUAGCCAAAAAAGUGAAAAAAAAGUUUUUUAUGCCUGAGUGUUGAGAGAAUAUGAUGGACUAGGAAUGUAUUGUGUUUCCUCAUAUAAUGGCAAGGUGUUCUGGCUGCACGUUGUUGCUGAGGAUUUUUUUGUUGGAUUCGUCCGCCACUUUCUUUCUUAUCUUUCUUCAUUUAGCGAGGACAGCAACAUCAUUCCAAUGAAAAAACGAGAACGAGAAGUACUACGAGAUUUUUUGUGGUCAAUUUGUCUACCAAAGAUACAACUGAUGAAAAAAAAAUUUUGA